AUGGCAGCAGCUUUCGCAGCUCUAGUUUCUCUUCAGAAUAAUCUACGCCUCGUCCGCACUCACCCCACCCAUUCCUUUUCCUUCGAAGAAGAACAGAUUGAAUCUCUUUUGGAAACUGUCAGUUUCUUGAUCAAAUUCAUGAAAAGCUACGACAAUUCUCAUGGGGCCACAAAAGAAGCUGCAGAAGCUCUAGAGAUACGAAUCGCGCGUGCAGCUCAAGCGGCUGAAGAUGUGAUGGAAUCACAUAUAGUGGAUCAGAUUCGCAGUGGAAAAACAAGAUCAAAAACAAGAUCACCUCGUUUCCUGCUGGAUCUGCAGAAAGUAAUACAAGACAUGGAUUAUAUGAGGAGAAAGGCUACCAAUGUGAAAGCGCUGAGUGGAAUUAAUAUUGAGGCAGAUUCAGCAGCAGAAGUUAUUUCAUCAACGCCUCACAUGGCCUCCAAAAACAGUAGCAUGGUGGGAUUUGAUGAUGUCUUACGUCAACUUUUGGAUCAGCUCACCGGAUUUCCCUCAAGUCGGCGAGUCAUCCCCAUCAUAGGCAUGGGGGGAAUUGGUAAGACAACACUUGCCACAAAUGCUUUUCAACAUCCAGUAAUUAUGCAUCAUUUUGAUGUUUGUCUUUGGGCUACAAUAUCUCAACAAUAUAGCGUUCAGAAAAUUCUCACACAACUUGUGUCUUGUCUAAGAAAAUCCUUUAGGAAAAGUGUCGAUGAAUCCAGUAGCUGUGAAACUGUUGAUGAGAUGCGAGAUGAGUUGUAUAAGAGUUUAUUUGGCCGAAGGUAUUUGAUUAUUCUAGAUGAUAUGUGGAGUCUGGAAGCAUGGUAUGAUAUCAAAAAUUUGUUUCCGGAUACACACGAUGGAAGUCGAAUUGUUGUGACUACUAGGCACUCAGAUGUGGGCAAUCAUUUAGGCGUUCCACAUCUUGCAAUUGGUUUUCUGGAUGAGGAGAAUAGUUGGGAUCUAUUUUGUCAAAAAGCAUUUGCAGAACAAGGUUGCCCUUCUGAGUUGGAGGAGUUGGGAAAGACGAUAGUCGAAAAGUGCAAAGGACUUCCCCUUGCAAUUGUUGUGGUUGGAGGCCAUCUCAGAAAGUCCUCAAUGACUCAAGAAUACUGGGAGAAUGUUGCACAUCAUAUGAAUUCAAUUUUGGAAUAUUCUAGAGAGAAUGAUGAGCAGUGCUUGAAUGUAUUAUCUUUGAGUUACAGCUACUUGCCUGCUCAUCUUAAGCCAUGCUUCCUACUCUUGGGGGUAUUUCCAGAAGAUUAA